UUUGGCUGCUCCUACGUGUGGGGCUUGCUGUGGUCUAGCCUGGGAAGAAGAAGGUCUAGCCCAGGUCCAGCCUGAACAGAGCGAGCCUGUCGCCAUGCCGGCUUGCUGCAACUGGAACGAUCUCUUGCAGUACGAGACAAACAAAGUUACCCGGAUCCAGAGCGUGAAUUACGGCACCGUCAAGUGGGUCUUGCACAUGCUCGUCUUUUCCUACCUUAGCUUUGCUUUGGUGAGCGACAAGCUGUAUCAGCGGAAAGAGCCCGUUAUCAGUUCCGUGCACACCAAGGUCAAAGGCAUUGCAAAGGUGACAGAGAGUGUCACCGAGGGUGGGGUGACGAAGUUAGUCCACAGCAUCUUUGACACUGCGGACUACACCUUCCCUUUGCAGGGGAACUCCUUCUUUGUAAUGACAAAUUAUCUCAAGUCAGAAGGCCAAGUGCAGAAGCUAUGUCCUGAGUAUCCCAGUCGCGGUGCACAGUGCUAUUCUGACCGGGGUUGUCAGAAGGGAUGGGUGGACGCGCAAAGCAAAGGAAUCCGGACUGGCAAGUGUAUACCAUACGACCAGACCAGGAAGACCUGUGAAGUCUCUGCCUGGUGUCCUGCUGAGGAGGGGAAAGAAGCCCCCCGGCCUGCACUCUUGAGGAGCGCUGAAAACUUCACCGUACUCAUCAAGAACAAUAUUGACUUCCCUGGCCACAACUAUACGACGAGAAACAUCUUGCCAGAUAUGAACACCUCUUGUACCUUUCACAAGAUUUGGAACCCUCUGUGUCCCAUCUUCCGACUAGGGGACAUCUUCCAGGAAGUAGGAGAGAACUUUACAGAGGUGGCAGUUCAGGGAGGAAUCAUGGGUAUUGAGAUCUACUGGGAUUGCAACCUGGACAGCUGGUCCCAUCACUGUCAACCCAAGUACAGCUUCCGCCGCCUGGACGACAAGUAUACCAAUGAGUCCUUGGUCCCCGGCUACAACUUCAGAUACGCCAAGUACUAUAAGGAGAACAACGUGGAAAAGCGGACGUUGAUCAAAGCCUUCGGCAUCCGUUUUGACAUCCUAGUUUUCGGCACUGGAGGAAAAUUUGACAUCAUCCAGCUGGUUGUAUACAUUGGAUCCACCCUGUCCUACUUUGGCUUGGCUACUGUGUGCAUUGACUUGCUCAUCAACACAUACUCCAGUACCUUCUGCAGGUCGGGCGUUUAUCCCUACUGUAAGUGCUGCGAGCCUUGUUCAGUGAAUGAGUAUUAUUACAGAAAGAAGUGUGAGACCAUCGUGGAGCCCAAGCUGACGUUAAAGUAUGUGUCCUUUGUGGAUGAGCCCCACAUUCGGAUGGUGGACCAGCAGCUGCUUGGGAAAAGUCUGCAAGCCGUCAAAGGCCAAGAAGUUCCGAGACCCCAGACGGACUUCUCGGACCUGUCUAGGCUGUCCCUAUCUCUCCACGACUCACCCCCAAUUCCUGGACAAUCUGAGGAGAUGCAGCUGCUCCGUGAAGAGGUGGCCCCUAAGUCCGGGGACAGCCCAGGCUGGUGCCAGUGUGGAAAUUGUCUCCCGUCUCAACUACCGGAGAAUCGCAGGGCCCUGGAGGAGCUGUGCUGCCGGAGGAAGCCGGGACGGUGCAUCACCACCUCUAAGCUCUUCUGUAAGCUCGUGCUGUCCAGAGAAGCCCUGCAGCUCCUCCUGCUCUACCAGGAUCCCUUGCUGGUGCUGGAGGAAGAGACCGUCAACAGCAGGCUGCGACACUGUGCCUACAGGUGCUAUGCCACCUGGCGCUUCGGCACCCAGGACAUGGCUGACUUCGCCAUUCUGCCCAGCUGUUGCCGCUGGAGGAUCCGGAAGGAGUUUCCUAAGACUGAGGGGCUGUAUAGUGGCUUCAAGUAUCCCUACUGACAGUACGGCUGCCACUCUAUGGUGGCUCGUAAUGCAGCUUCUCUUGGAAAGAUCUAGAGACACAUUUUCAGCCAACAGGAACUUCAGUUUUCCUCCCUCGUAAGCUGUGCUGAAGAAGAGCUGAUUAGGCCAACCACAAGCACACAAAGCCUCUCCAGAUGGAUGAGAACCGGAUGCAUAUCUGAGCCUGCAGCCUGACCCUGGACUGCGGUGCCACCCUUAGCCUAUAAUGUGUACAUAGGGUCCUCAUAUCCCGACCUCCCAGAUCUACUCUCUCUGAGCUAGCAUUGCGGAGAUGCUGAAGGUGGUCUCUCACGUCCAUGUUUACACAGCUCCAUGGAUGUAAAGACCCAACUCUGAAAACCAAACCUAUUGAAAUUUGAGAGUACUCUGAAAUUAAAUAUAGCCACAAAUUCUUUGACAACCUCUCACCCAACCCUCAAGACCCAAAGGUGUUGUUGUUUCCUCUCCCCAUUAUGGGCAACUCUGGCGGCUUCAUCCCGUAGCGGAUGUGACGUUACGUCUAUUAUUUCGGGGCCCUUGUUUUAAGAGGCUAACAGCUUCUGAUUCCUGUCCUUGGAACUCUCGCUGAGAGGAAGCCAGCCCAAGGUAAGAGUCCGACUGUAAGAGCUUCUCUGCUGGGAGGAAGCCCAGGCAGCUCCAGGGAGAAGUAUCCAACCCGAGCCAGUCCAUCGCCUCAAAGUCCAGUCACCACACAGGGAGAGAAGCUGCCACUUUAAGGUGACUCCAGACAUGACAAAUGACUAAAACUGCAGGAGACAACUGCCCAGUCAACCCAGAGGACCACUCUCCUGCCUUAAGUCAUUACAUUUGGGGGGUGGAGGGUGUUGGCACACAACAAUAGGCAACUGGAACAAGAGAAGCUGACUGAGGCCUAGAGUCACUACAAAAUGUAGCAACGACUUCUAUUGGGCAGUUGUAAGAGCUCACAUUCACCAGACUAGAAGCCAUCAAAUCUAGCCGCAUACAAGAUACAGUUUGACCCUCAUUGCUAUCCUACAGUUCCAAGUGACUGGUAUUGUCAGAAACCGGUAAAAGCUGUCCCUGUGCCUUUCAUGUCCUGAACAGUACAGCCAAUGAGUCCUAAGGCAAUCUGAAUGCUACUUUAGAAA